AUUGAAUAAAUGGUAGACUGGUGGUGGUCUCGCAGCGAAAAGAGCACAAAAAAGUCUAUAAUAUAAAUCGUCAUCACAUUCACCGGUAAGGUGGUUGAGACCUCCGCCCAGUUUCGAUGCAGUCGAGGAAAAACCCAUUUCCUCACUCAUCAACAACACCCACCAUCUCUUCUUCCUCCUACAAGUAUCUCUCUCUCUAACCCGCUUUCUCUCUCUAAAGCACCCCCUUUCUCUCUCUCUCACUACCCAGUGCUCAGCAAUGGCUCACCUUUUGCACACUUCCUUCAUCCCAGCCUCUCCAUCUCUUCGCCGUCUCUCUAUCCCUUCUUCCCCUUCGCUCCACACCACUAGAAAACCCCUAAUUGAGGCGAAGAUCAGAGAGAUUUUCAUGCCGGCUCUGAGCUCGACGAUGACGGAGGGCAAGAUCGUGUCGUGGGUCAAGUCCGAGGGGGACAAGCUCUCCAAGGGCGAGAGCGUGGUGGUCGUCGAGUCUGACAAGGCCGACAUGGACGUCGAGACCUUCUACGACGGCUACUUGGCCGCCAUCAUGGUCGAAGAGGGCGGGGUCGCCGCCGUCGGAUCCGCCAUCGCUCUCCUCGCCGAAACUGAAGACGAAAUCAACCAAGCCAAAUCAAAGGCCUCUAGUUCUUCAUCGUCAUCUGCCGCAAUCUCUGAUUCGCCGCCAGCAGUGGAGAAAUCGGUGGAAGUUGAGGCAGCUAAUUCUGCCCCUACUCCGCCAUCGGUGGUGAAAUCUGCGGUGGCUGCAUCGUCCGUACACCCAGCGUCGGAAGGGGGGAAGAGGGUUGUGGCGUCUCCAUACGCGAAGAAGCUGGCGAAGGAAUUGAAGGUGGAUUUGAGUGGUGUGGUGGGGAGUGGCCCAAUGGGGAGGAUUGUUGCUAAGGAUGUUGAGGCCGCGGCCGCGAAUUUGGCAGCUGUGUCGCCGGAGGUGGUGAAACCAAGUGUGACUCCGUCGCUGGCUAAGGCUUCAGACGGUUUGGGGAUUGAAUUAGGGUCGGUUGUCCCCUUUACCACAAUGCAGGGUGCGGUUAGUAGGAAUAUGGUGGAAAGUCUGGCCGUGCCGACUUUCAGAGUCGGUUACACAAUUACAACUAACGCUCUUGAUGCUCUGUACAAGAAGAUAAAGUCAAAGGGAGUAACAAUGACAGCGUUGCUAGCAAAGGCAACAGCGCUUGCAUUGGCUAAACAUCCUGUUGUAAAUUCUAGUUGUAGAGAUGGUAAGAGCUUUACAUAUAAUAGUAGUAUCAAUAUUGCGGUUGCUGUGGCAAUAGAUGGCGGGUUGAUUACGCCAGUGCUUCAGGAUGCUGAUAAGGUUGACUUAUAUUCAUUGUCAAGAAAGUGGAAGGAGUUGGUUGACAAGGCCCGGGCCAAGCAGCUGCAGCCUCAUGAAUAUACAACGGGUACCUUUACUCUAUCUAACCUUGGAAUGUUUGGUGUGGAUCGCUUUGAUGCCAUUUUGCCACCAGGAACUGGUGCGAUUAUGGCUGUCGGAGCUUCUCAGCCCACUGUUGUUGCUACAAAGGAUGGCCGGAUUGGUAUGAAAAAUCAGAUGCAGGUGAAUGUUACGGCAGAUCAUCGGGUCAUAUAUGGUGCUGAUCUGGCUUCAUUCUUGCAAACCCUAGCUAAGAUUAUCGAGGACCCUAAAGAUCUUACCCUCUAAAUUAUUUGUAUCAUCUGAGAGAUUACUUCCUUAGAUUGUGUUUUUGUGGUUCUAUUCUCUUAAUUGUAUGCUUGCAGAAAAAUUCAGGAACUAAAAUCACAACCUGCUCAAACAAAUUUCAAUGAACAGCAGGAACAAAAUUUUGAAGAGCAAUUUAUUUGCAUUUCCCUUUAAUUAGUUUUCUUUAACUAUUGAAGAUGCACCUAAUUACUGUCUAUCAAUUCUGGAUUAAUGAAGCUUUAGUUGUUGUCUUUUCACUGCAA